GCGUGCUCUCCUCGCCCUCUCGGCCCCUGGGCCAGCUCCUGCUGCUGCUGCAGCACCAGGCUCCGGCCGGGCGCAUCAAGGUGCUGCUGCGCAGGGCAGAGGCCCUGGGACGGCUCUCCUUCAUGCCAGGCACCCCAGGUAGGGCACGGGGACAGGGACGUGCCCAGGUGGGCACCGGGAAAGGCUUCCCCUCCUUUUACUUGGCAGAUUCUCUUAUUCCCUCUCGAACUUCUCUCUUCCAAGCACAGGGGAGGGUUGGAACGAGAUGAUCUUUGGGGCUCCUUCCAACCCAAACCACUCUGUGAUUCUAUCACUGGAUGAAAUGAGCACUGGGAGCGUAAUACAGAUCUAGGUAUCUCCAAUACGGCCCCAAAGUGCUUGAAAUAUAUUUAUUUAUGGUCCAAAAUUAGUAUGUGGCUUUCUGUCCUGCUGGCCGUUGUCACCUCUGGUUGUCCCUGCUCUCUGGGAUGUGAGCUGAGCACUUUGGAGGUCCCUGCUCUCCAGAAGGGAGGGGCAGGUGAAACCUCAGGAGCUCUGUGCUCUCCCCACAGCUCCAGAGAGCCCCGCAGGGGUCCUGCAGCCCCCCAGGCACCACCUGGGAGCUGCCAGCCUCCCUCGCCGGUGUGUCCCCCUCUCUCCAGGGCUCUGUCCCCAUUUCCAGGCCACUACGUCAUCGUCCACCUCCACCACGACGGCCACAUCAUCGACACCAAGGAGACCAAGUCUGUCAGCGGCUACAACCCCGUGUGGAACACGCCCUUCCUCUUCACCAUCCCCGCCGGGGACAUCCAGCAGCAGGAGCUGGCCUUGGAGUUCCUGGUCAUGCAGGUGAGGUGACCACGGCUCAGGAGGUGACCUGGCUCAGGAGGUGACCUGAGCUCACCCGUGCGCUGCACCCGGCGGGCUCAGCCCCGGCAGGAGCCGAUUCCCACCGCCCUCGGGAGGUUUCUGGGGUGGGACGGCUCCUCUCGGGAGAAGGGAAGGCCACCAGCCGUGUCCCUGUGCUGCCCCAGGCUCGGCUCCGCGGCCGCGGCUCGGUGCUGGGCCGUGUCCAGGUGGGGCCAGGCGCCCCUGGGGCCGGGGUGCCACACUGGAGGGACAUGUGCAGCCGGGCACCGCUGGAGUCGGAGCGCUGGCACCGCAUCCAGCCCGCACCGUGAUCCUGGCCCAGGACUCCGAGGGAGCCAAGGGGGUCUCCGAGCUGUGCAGAGGGGAGGCGGCACCCACACACCACGGGGAUGGAGGGGGUGGCCUCCAUCUCCAGGGCCGGAGAUCACUGCAGGUCGGCACAAGCCCAUCCCAAAGGGCUCCGGAGGGGACUGAGCCCAUCUGAGGUGGCCCCAGCCGCAGGGGGAGAAGAGGAGCUUUGUCUGCUCCAUCCACUCUCUGCACCGGAAUCUUGGCUGUGGAGGAGCCAGGUGGGACAAGCACCCAGCUGGCGUCCCCGUGGCCACCACGGUGGCGGCAUCUCCUGCCCCUUCCAGCCCACCUGGUGAUAAAGGAGUCCAUGGGCAUUUUUAAUUGAUUGCGGGCCCUAAUGAGUGCUCGAUAAAUAAAUAAAGGGGUUGGGAAUGACCACGUGUGUGGAGCUCUCUCUCCUGUCCAUGGGCCACCACAGCGAAGACCAUGGGAGGGUCACCACGGGGAGGAAGGCCGUGGCCAGGGUUGUCACUGUGGGGGUCAUCAUGGUGAAGGUCACCAUGGUGAGGAUGACCAUGGCGAGGAAGGCCCUGUGGUGAGGAAGGCCUGCAGUGAGAUAAGGCGUGAUGAGGAAGACCACGGUGAGGCAGGUGAAGAAGGGAAGAAGACCAUGCUGAGGGAGAGGCUGGCCAUGGUGAAGGGAGACUCUGGUGAGGAAGGUCACGGUGAGGAAGACUGUGAGGAGGAACACCCUGGUGAGGAAGGCUGUGUGGAAGGUGAGGAUGGCCAUGGAGAGGAAGGCUGUGGUGAGGAUGGCCCUGACCACCACGGUGAGUCAGAGCAUGGGGAGGAAGGUACUGAGGGUGAGGAUGGCCGUGGUGAGGAUGAUCAAGGUGAGGAGUCCCCCAGGGAGGAAGCCAUGCUGAGGAUGAGGACAGUGGUGGUGAUGGAUGACUGUGGUGAGGAUGGCCAUGGUGAGGAAGCCGUGCUGAGGUGAGGAUGGCCAUAGUGAGGAUGGCCAUGGUGAGGAAGCCGUGCUGAGGUGAGGAUGGCCACGGUGAAGAUUGCCAUGGUGAGGAUGAGCACGGUGAGCAGUCCCACGGGGAGGAAGCCGUGCCGAGGCUGAGGAUGGCGGCGGCGAUGAAGGACCGGCUGAGGCGGACUGCGAGCACGCAGAGCGCGGCCCCUCUCCCGCUCCUGCCAGCCGCAGUGGAACCCCGCGCCGCCCCCCGGGCCGGGUUCCGCCCGGUGCCGCCCCCGCCGUGGCUGCGAGGCGGGUCCAGCCCGGCCCGGCCCGGCGGGGCGGGUUUAACCCCGGCCGGGAAGCGGAAGCGGCGGCGCUGCGGGGCCGCAGGGGCCGGGCCGGGCCGGGCCGGGCCGCACCCGCCGAGCGCGGCCGCAGUGGCGGCGAUGCAUCACUGCAGGAGGUUGCGGUCCCCGGAGCAGGACGGCGAGCUGGGGCACCGCUGGAAGCGGCGGCGGUCGCGGAGCAGGGAGUACGAGGGCAGGCUGAGGUACCCGCCCCGCAGGGACCUGUCCCGGAGAUCGCGCUCCAGGAGGUGAGAGCGCUGCCCCUGAAACUGCCGAGCUGAGCUGCCCCUAAAACCCCCGAGAGUGCUGCCCCUAAAACCGCCCUGCUGAGCUGCCCCUAAAACCGCCCUGCUGAGCUGCCCCUAAAA